AUGCGCUGUUCAUAUGUUCUUUAUCUGUGCAGCUUCAUAGCAAUAGUAAAUAGUGCAUCAGCAACGCAAAUAUUGAAAUCACAAAACUUUGGUUCAGUUCAAGCGGAUCAAGUUCCUUUUACUAUCGAUUUCACAAACACUCAAAAUGCAAAACUCAAAUCAAUCAGUGUUUAUCAUGAUAUAUAUAUUCAUGGUUUGGAAUUCACAUUUACAGAUAAUACUGUAAAUUCUGUUGGAUACAAAUUAGGAACUAAAAGCACAGUUAGCUUAAUAAAGAAAGAGAUAAGAAUUUUGAGAGUAAAAUCUGGCGCUUGGGUCGAUUCGAUACAAUUUUGUUUCUCAGCAACUGAUUGUACACAACAUUUUGGUGGUACUGGAGGUGGUGAAAUCGUUGAAUUCAAUUUAAAUAAUUUAACAAAUCAAAAUUAUAAAAUUGUUGCAUUAAGUGGAGCAUAUAUUGAGAAAUAUACUGCAUAUUGGACCGUUAAUACUUUAAAUAUAUUAAGUGUGUCGUACCAAUUGAUCGAUUCAACGCAAAAACAUUGCACAAUUUCGUUGACAAAUAUGAAAGACAAUGAAAUAUUCAAUCAUAAAACUGUAAUAUUUAAUGGCGAGAUCAUUACUAAUGAUGGGCAGAACACAAUACGUAACAUUCAUGUGAAUAAUGCAAACUCAAUCAACUAUGCAGAUAAAAUCGAUACUCAAUGGCCUGUCAACAUCUUUAAUCAAUUCAAAGGCUUAAUAAAGCUUGAGAAGGGAACUAACAAAAUCACCAUCACUUACGAUGAAACUUCAAACCAAGGAGCGAAAUGUAGUUUGACGAUAAAUUUAGUCUACGAAGAGGACUCGACAGUUGAACCCGUACACUUGGUUAUGGUUGUUGCGAAGGACAGCAAAUUAGUUUAUGAUACGGAACCAGGUGAAGUAAAUAAUUUAGAAUCAGCUAAAUGGAAGUAUCGAACAAUGGCAUGGCUUUGGCAAGCGUUUACAGAUGAUCAAAUUUAUAAGCGAAAUAAUAUUUCUGGUCAUCGUUGCUUUAGAUUGGAUGAAAGUGAACUUAUAAAUGAAGAAUAUUAUCCAAAAAUCCAUGUAUUACAAACUGAUAUGACUACAGCACAAAUUCAAGCCAAGGAAUCAGAUUUAUUUGGCAUUUUACAUGUUUGUUUNGUUUAUCAUGACAAUUACGUUCAUGGUUUGGAAUUUACCUACACAGACAAUACUGUUCGCUUUUUUGGAUUUAAAAUUGGAAACAAAGGUCAAUUCAGUUUAGUCAAUAAGGAACUAAGAGUUUUAAGAGUACAAUCUGGUGCUUGGAUUGACGCAUUACAAUUUUGCUUUUCAGCAACUGACUGUACACAACAAUUUGGUGGUACGACAAGUGGUCAAUGGUCAGCUGAAUUUAAUUUAGAUAUUAUAGGCGGCUCACAGUUUUAUAAGGUGUCAGGAUUGAAUGGAGCAUUCAUUGAGAAAUAUAAUACAGAUUGGACUGUUAAUACAAUGAGUUCAAUUACAGUAUUAUACAAGAAAAUCUGA